CUCCCCUCCUCCAUCGCUCGCUCUCGAUCUCUUUCGACACACCCAACCCCUAGCUAGCUAGCUAGCUAGCCUGCCUUUGCCCUUUUCUCCAUCGUCUUCCUCCCCCUCCUUCCACACAGUUGCUUUGCCUGCUUUCCCCUCCAAAAUCCGCGGCUAGCUCCGGCCGGCGUCUCUGCUUGGUGCUGCCGUUGUUCUUUAUUUACCUCGAUCUGUCAUCGACGGCACGGCACACGGCACAUGAGAUCAUGAGCUCGGAGGACUCGCUCAAGUCGCUCUCCCUCGACUACCUGAACCUGCUCAUCAACGGGCAGGCGUUCAGCGACGUGGCCUUCAGCGUGGAAGGCCGGCUGGUGCACGCGCACCGCUGCGUGCUCGCCGCGCGCAGCCUCUUCUUCCGCAAGCUCUUCUGCGGCCUCGACCCCAACCACCCACCUCCUCCUCCUCCUCCUCCGCAGCCGCCCACCGGCGGAGGAGGAGGAGCACGAACGCCGGACCUCGUCAUCCCCGUCAGCUCCAUCCGCUACGAGGUGCUCGUCCUCGUCCUCCAGUUCCUCUACAGCGGCCAGGCCUCCGUCGCCGCCCCCAAGAGCGGACCCCUUCCCGGCUGCGGCGCUCGCGGGUGCUGGCAUACCCGGUGUGGCGCCGCCGUCGACCUCGCCCUCGAUACCCUCGCCGCCGCUCGCUCCUUCGGCGUCGAGCAGCUCGCCCUCCUCGUCCAGAAGCAGCUGGAGAGCAUGGUGAAGGAGGCAUCGGUGGACGACGUGAUGAAGGUGCUGAUGGCGUCGCGCAAGUUCGAGAUGCAGGAGCUCUGGGCCACCUGCUCCCACCUGGUGGCGCGCUCGGGCCUCUCCGCCGACCUCCUCGCCAAGCACCUCCCCAUCGACGUGGUGGCCAAGAUCGAGGAGAUCCGCGCCAAGUCCCCAGCUGGCGCCGCCGUCUCCUCCGCCACCACGCCGCGCUCGCCGUUCCUCACCCACCACUACCUCCCCAUCAACGCCGCGUCGUCGGCGGCCGACCGCGACCACAAGAUCCGCCGCAUGCGCCGCGCGCUCGACGCCGCCGACAUCGAGCUCGUCAAGCUCAUGGUCAUGGGCGAAGGGCUGGACCUCGACGACGCGCUCGCCGUGCACUACGCCGUCCAGCACUGCGGCCGCGACGUCGUCAAGGCGCUGCUGGAGCUCGGCGCCGCCGACGUCAACUCACGCGCCGGGCCCACGGGGAAGACCGCGCUGCACCUUGCCGCCGAGAUGGUCUCCCCGGACAUGGUGUCCGUGCUCCUGGACCACCACGCCGACCCCAGCGCCCGGACGCUCGACGGCGUCACACCGCUCGACGUGCUCCGCGGCCUCACCUCCGAGUUCCUCUUCAAGGGCGCCGUCCCGGGGCUCACGCACAUCGAGCCCAACAAGCUCAGGCUCUGCCUUGAGCUCGUGCAGUCCGCCGUGAUGGUCACCACGCGCGACGAGGGCGCCGGCGACGCAGGGGGAAGCGAUGGAGGCGGGAACUUCCCGAGGAGCGACGCCGACGACAGCUUGGUGAGCCUGACGAUGAACUCCACGCUCAUGUACCAAGGCCAGGAGAUGGCAGCUGCAGCGGUCGCCGCCGGUGAGGCGAGGAAGGGGAACGGCGGCGGCGGCGGCCGAGGGAGCCCAUCCAACUUGUACUUCCCCAAUGGCGGCUUCCCAUAAGUAUUGUGCCCUUAUUCCCUUUUAUAAUCCAUCAUCAAGAUGAUCUUUUUUCUGUUGGAUUGGAUCUUUGUAAGAGGUCAUGGUGUAGCUAGCUACUAUUUGACUAGGAGAUAUGCCUGCAUGAGCAAGAAUUUCAUGGUAUUUGAUGUGGAUUGUUCGAUGAUCCGACGAUCCCGGCAUUAUUAUUGAUCGACGACUGGGGAGCAAAGCAACUGUUGCUUUGUUCAAAUUCUUCA